GUGACGUCAGAGCCAGACCAAAGUCAGCCCUGUCCUGCCCACCAUACAAACCCCGACUGACCAAUCAUCAACGAGAAAAUACGCCCAUUCUCUCGCGCCGGUCCGAAGCCCAAACUCGUGGCGCACGAAAGAACAAAGAAAGUCUUUAUGCAGACUUCGAGAACUGUGGAGAAUCCUCGCGAAUGACUUCAUGACCUUGGGCUACCCCCCGCCCUGAAGGUAUAUACUGACCGGCGUACUCCAGCCCCGCGUAGUCCGAAGAUCGACACUCCAACUAUCACCACCAUAUGUCAGACACCAUCGACAUUUCAAAUACACGCACAACUUCCGACCGUUAAGGUCGCUACAUCGCCGUUGGUCUCAUCCGUGAUUAUUGUUCCAACCUUCAAACUUCUAAACGCUCGGAUCGUACCGAGCAACGCACUCGGGCAUGUGAGAAGAUUGACGGCCCUUGAAGCUCUGUCAUAUUAUGGGAAAGCAGACUUCAAUGGCACAAAGAGACUCGUCUAGACAGCUAGAGCGACUGGGUGCGGAUGAUUUUGUCGCGACCAACUCAUCAAAGGUUGCGCAAUCCGGCUCGUCCGAACCACAAAGUGCCUGUUCAACCCCGAGCAGUCGCUCUGCCUGGUCUACCCGCUCUCUUCAUGGGGUUGAAAUGUAGACAGUAGCAAGGCCAAUAUCUCUAGGGGACGCGCGCCUAAUGCAAAGAUUGCCAUCCCGAGGGAUGUCAACAGUCUGGGCCCGCCGGCUAUAGGCCGGGUAUCGCGCGCAUGUUCGUCGUGUAGAUCGCGAAAGGUAAAAUGUAGUGGCGAACAGCCCAUUUGUCGACAAUGCCGUGAGCUCGAUCUGACCUGUCACUAUCCACUGGGUUGGAAUGAGAGAAUGAAAAAGGAGGCCAAUGAUCUGUCCGCUUUGGUCCAAGAUUACAGAAACUUCGUCCAAGACCUGCUCGGCACCGCGGAAAGUGCGAAGGCCCAAUGGGCUCAUUCUACUUUGCAAAAGUAUCAAUCAUUAAUGGACGAUCUACCCGAGACGAUUCAACUUGCCACACCUGCGGCGCAAGACGAGAACGGUUCAGUGGAGAGUCCGACCGAGACUGGUCACAACGAUCGGCAAAGCUUUGACGAGCAAUUACUAGACUCAACGUCCAGCCAGGAAGAAACAGAUGGGAAGGAGGAGGAGGCGCAGCAAUUCACAGACGGAGUCAUGACGGAUUCCCUCGACUUUGCCCUUGGAAACUUCGCUACAAACUUACCUCAGCCGGUCAAUAAAUACGGCAUGCCAUCGCGGCAGCUUUCCGAUCUUUUGUUCGAGGGGUAUUGGAGCAAUGUGCACCCUGGUUUCCCUAUGAUCAACCGACCGCUCUUCCGUACCCAGUACCACAGCUUUUGGGAUCAAGGGCAGCAGCCAGGCGACAAAUGGCUAGCAAUUCUAAACAUUAUCUUCGCCAUCGCCGCCAAAUAUGCCCACCUCACUCAGGCACCGUGGCGCGGCGAGGAGAAUGAUCACUUCCUAUACUUCAAUCGAGCAAGGUUACUGAGCUUGACAGGCGAAGAGGUGUUCAGUCCCCCAAACCUUCAACAAGUACAACUCGAGGGAUUAGUUGCAUUCUACCUGCUUGCAAUUGAUCAGAUCGGCAGGGCUUGGAGAAUUUCCGCACUGGCUGCCAGAUCCGCCGUCACACUGGGUGUCAAUCGAAGUCUCACGAAAAAGCUGCCACCAAGACUAAGAGAGGCACGCUUCCGACUUUGGUGGUGUCUUUACACCCUUGAGCAGACGCUGGGUCUGAUUUCUGGUCACAUCUCAUCAAUUCCCAAAGACAAAUACGCCCCGCCCCUACCUAUACCUUUUGAGGAGGAAGACUUCGAAACCGACUCUUCAGCUUCGGCUCUGCUUCAAAAUCCCGCAGUUCGAAAACAAUGGCUCCAGACAAUCAUGCCAAGUUCGAAGAGUUGGCCGAGCGAUGGUUACAGCAAAAACAGCCUGCAGGAAUCGUCUCCAAGAGAUAAUGCUUGGCUUAAAUUCAUGAAACCUAAUGCCGGCCUCUUCUACCUUUUCUAUUGCGACUUGGCCGUCAUCAUUGAAGAUAUCGUCAAUCAGGUCCAGGUAUCCUCCAUUUGGACCGACAGCGAGAAUCGUAUUGAUGGCCUCCGUUCUCGCAUCGAGUUCUGGAAAAACAGUCUCCCGUCAUCUCUGGACUUAACAACAGUCGACCCCCAAGGCAGCGUGAGCCAGAUGCGGUACAAGCUGGGUCUAGAAUUUCACUACCAAAGCGCUCGAAUCGUACUAGGUCGACUCUGGCUUUGUCAACGAGACGAACUUGGUCUGGAUCAAUCACAAAUGCUCAAUCAUAACAUGGCAGUGAUGACCCUGGAUGCCGCGAAACAAAUCCUCGACUUGCUACCCGACCAACCAAACACGAUACAACUUUACCAGACGUUCCCAUGGUGGAGUGUCCUUCACUAUAUCUCCCACGCAGCGAAGAUCGUACUCUUCGAAUUGUCGAUUGGAUGUAGGCACGUACAGAAUAGCUCGCCGCAUCUCGUCUGGCUCGCGAAAAAGGCUAUUUGUUGGUUGCACGCUAUGUCAACCCGCAGCCCGGGCGCGGAGCGAGCGUGGCGGCUUUGUGACUCGUUUUAUCGUAAAGUUUCGAAACAGAACGGGUAUUGUACGAAUGAUAUCCCGCCGACGACCGAGACUGUCAAUCCCUCCGAACGGAAACAGCAGUCCGCUGGUUCUAGCUCUGCGGAAGUUGGUGAUUUGGAACAGUUUGACUUUCAAAUUGAUGAUGUGGAGUUGACAGACUGGAUAAUAUGAUCAGUCAGUGGCGCUAGAGGUUGGGAUUCAGGAAAGGGACUUGGGAAGCAUUUUAGAGUUGCAUGGGUUUAUCUUGCAUCUUAUUCAACGAUUCAAACUCCGCAGAAGCCUGUUCUACUUUACUACAUUUUUAAUGUUCGAACACUUCCGACUGUGCUAAAAGCCUGUCACAAUAAUGAAAUGACAAAAAGCCAAAAAUUCGAGGCAAAAGAAUUAUACAAUCAACUAGCUACCUAUUG